AUGGUGGAACCAGUUAAAAUGAUAUUGGUGACAGGUGGUGUCAUCAGUGGUGUUGGCAAAGGUAUUAUCUCAUCUAGUUUAGGUGUACUGCUUAAAGCUCAUGGUUACCGGGUUUCGUUCAUUAAAAUUGAUCCAUAUAUUAACAUCGAUGCUGGUACAUUUUCACCUUUUGAACAUGGCGAAGUAUUUGUUUUGGAUGAUGGUGGUGAAGUUGAUUUGGAUUUGGGUAACUAUGAAAGAUUUUUGAAUAUUCGUUUAACACGUGAUAACAAUAUUACAACUGGCAAGAUAUAUCAGCAGGUUAUCGAACGUGAAAGACGUGGUGAUUAUUUGGGAAAAACGGUGCAAACGAUACCACAUAUAACAAGUGCAAUCAUUGAAUGGGUUGAACGUGUUGCAGCAAUACCAGUUGAUGAUACUGAUCAGCGACCGGAAGUUUGCAUUGUUGAACUUGGAGGUACCAUUGGUGACAUCGAAAGUAUGCCUUUUGUUGCUGCUUUUGAAAAAUUCCAAAGACCUGCAUUCAAAGAUCAGCUGAUGACAGUGCAUGUUUCUGUAAUAUUGGAACCGAAAAGUACUGGUGAGCUAAAGACGAAACCAAUGCAAAAUAGCAUGCGCAAUUUACGAGCCAGUGGUCUGACUCCAGAUUUGCUGGUUUGUCGAAGUGAGCGACCAUUGAAUAAAGCAUUACGUGAAAAAAUUGCGGCGUUUGGAAUGGUUGAAUUACAACAGGUGAUUGGUGUACAUGAUGUCUCAAAUAUUUACAAAGUACCACUUCUGCUUCAUAAGCAAAAUGUAUUAGAAAUGAUUGUCGAACGAUUAAAAUUAACAGCAGUAAAUGCUGAAGGCACGCUAAUACUAAAACCAAAUCUUUUCCAAUGGAUACACCUCUCUAAUCUUUGCGAUAGUUUUCAUGAAGAAGUUCGAAUUGCAUUAGUUGGAAAAUACGUACAAAUCCCCGAUGCAUAUGCAUCAUUGAACAAAGCUCUUCGACAUUCUGCAAUUCAUGCUAAACGACAACUUGUUAUUUCGUAUAUUCAUUCGGAACAUCUUCAAGAAAUGAAUGAUUCAUCACAUACAACGAAUUAUAAACGUGCAUGGGAGACGAUUAAACAAUGCCAAGGUAUAGUAGUGCCGGGCGGAUUUGGUGGUCGUGGUGUUGAAGGAAAAAUUGCAGUAUGCAAGUAUGCACGAGAGAAUAAUAUUCCAUUCUUAGGAAUUUGUCUGGGUAUGCAAUGUGCUGUAAUCGAAUUUGCACGAAAUGUCUGCGGUAUCAAAGGUGCUAAUUCAACAGAAUUUGACAUGACAGUUGUCGGAGAACAACAGGUAGUAAUCGACAUGCCAGAGCACAAAGGUAACGAGAAAGGUAUGGGUGGUACAAUGCGUCUUGGUUUAAGGGAUACAGUUUUCCUGACGGGAAACUGCAAAUUACGAAAAUUAUAUGAUGCAAGAAAAAUCAGUGAACGUCAUCGGCAUCGUUAUGAAGUUAAUCCUAGAGUUGUUUCAAAACUUAGUCGAGCUGGUCUACUCUUUGUUGGUAUGGGAGCAAAUGAGAAUGCGGCACAUAUGAAUGGGAAGGUAUCAUCAUAUGCUACACUGUUGAAAUUAGCUGAAUGUGAAACUUCGAAAAUCAUGGAGGAGAACAAUAUGGAAGAAAUGUACGAAAUCUCUGAGCGAGAAGUUUUGCUGUCAAAAAUUGAAGACUUAUGUGGAACUGGAAAUGAUGAAACUGAUAUAACAUCUGUACGUAUGGAGAUUUUUGAAUUGCAAGGUCACCCAUAUUUUGUUGGUGUCCAGUUUCAUCCGGAAUAUCUGUCGCAUCCUCUAAAACCAAGUCCACCACUUUUUGGCCUAAUCUGUGCAGCUUCCGGACAACUAGAAAGUUUUCUUCGUGGUUCCAAGAUACCUACACCAGUGAACAUCUUGAAAGCAGCAGAGAAUUACGGUUCGAAUGUGACUGAAAAUGCUUUACAAGAAACACAUUUAUUUGCCAACAAACUAAGUAUGCUCACUGACCAAAAUACUGAUGAAAGUUAG